CAGACGGUUUAUUUGAAAAUAAAAAUGGGUGCCGGUCAAAUUGGAGGGAUAGCGACUAUGCUGGAUAUAGAUUUCAACAAUGCGGCAGGCUUUCAAGGUGUGCCUGCUAAAGUGACUGAAGGACAAUUCGUAGUGCAUUAUUUGUCGCACGCAAUGCUGUUUUGUGUGGGAGCGCUGAUAGAAGCACAUGUCGUACUCACUCCAGCGAUUUGUGUGUUCGGUGAGAGGUAUAAAUUUCAAAUAUUCGCCGGAACGCAUAAGUUUCUGGAAAACACUGGAACGGGAAGGACAGUCCAGCAUCUUUGCAUUCACAAAGGCUACAAUCACACACUACGGUGGCAAGCCUGUUCCACGGAUAACCUGGCACUAUUGGUCUUGAAUCAGCAGUUUUCCUUUCACAAACGAGAACCCCACACAGAUUUCAUAAUAAAUAGGGUUCGGUACGGAAUAGUCAGUGAUCUAAAUAAACGAAUUGGGGAUACCUCAUGUCGGUUUUACGGCUGGGGAAGCAGACGCAAUGGAUAUCUAAUACCAUUACUCAUUCACUUGUAUCGCGUGGACGUUACUAUAGUAGACGGAGUACACUGCCCGAGUAUGUGGGAUUAUGAAGAUAAAUAUCUUUGCAUUAAACAGCCCAAAUGUAAGUCUGAAAAGCACGGAGCGUUGUGUCCAGAUGACCUAGGAUCUGUGUUGGUGUGUUCUGGCUACAUACAGGGUAUGAUGACGUCACGCCUCAUAGACCGGCCUUGUGGCGUCGGCUUCGUAGACCUCAGCCACUACAACAAGUUUCUGACGUGCGGCGUGGACGACUCCCGCGAUGUCAUCGACCAUGAGGACUUCAUGUCUAUAGACUACAAAACCGCUCCUACACCCUCUUUGAUAACCACUCCUCAUGAUAAUGUAACAACGGAAUCGUCGUUUUAGGUUUGGUUUCUUUGUAGUAUAUCAAUAGUGACGGAGCCCGUCUGGCGGUUGUAAUUUAGCCCUUCAGCACCUUUUGUAUCCAAGCCUUUCCUAUCCACGUCUUUUAGGGACCCGAUAUAAAUCAGCUCCAUAAAUAGUUUCACAUAAUCACUCUUAGAGCUAGAUUGUAGCUUUUAGCUUUUACCCUCUACGUCCUCAUUAUAGAUCCAUUACUUAAUGUCCAUUUCAAACAUGGCCCCGGAAUACAGGUCACUAUGGAGUGAUCAGUGACCUGUAUUCCUUGCCUGUUCUUUUUUUUAGUUUAUUAAGUAGAUAAGUAUUUUGUAUUGGUUGUAUUUUUAGGAAAUUCUUGAUUUUUCUUGGCUGAGAGUGAAAUUUUUAUUACACAUGAUGCAAGCGCGUUAAUGAGAUGACGUACGUCUACUCAGUUCUCUCCUAUUUUUUAUGUCAGCAGGGACAAAUUAUUUUUUCUGAAAUAGAAAAAUCUGAACUAAAAUUCUAAGACACGAAUAUCUAGGUACUGGUUUCUCGGUGUGUACUUACUUAAACUAUCGGAUGAGUGCGACAUAACUAGAUGUAUCAUGCUAAUUCGAUGGGGCCAGAUCUGAGAAGCCUUUACGAAUAUUGCAUUACAAUAAUUAUUGUUGUUACUAGCCAAUGGUGGAAAAUGUAUCAGAAAGUGUGUAAUGGUCACAUUACAGCUUUGAUUUUACGUCAGUUGACUAAUUCUGAAUUGUAAUUGAAAAUGAUUUACAACACUACAAGCAAAAAUAAUUAUUGUAACGGCUAAAACAUAAAAAACA